CUGAUAGAGACUCCUAGCUCUAGUUUUAAUAACUAAUUCCCAUCUGCACCACCAUAACAUUUGUUCAUAACCUAGUUGUUUUAUCAUUGUGACUCGUAUUUCUUGUUUACUGAACGUUUAUAUUACCUCCCUAGUAUUUUGUGUGGACUCUGAUUCAUAAAUUAAGUGAAAAUGGCCUUAGUGAUGAAGAACGCUGCAAGCCGCUUUGCAUCCCUCAGGGUUGUUGUUGCCAGUCGCAACCCUUCUGCACAUUACUCGGUGGCAUCUAGCAAGAAAGCAGGGCAGACAGCACCUGAAGGGGAAAUCAAGAAGUCUGUUUUCAUCUCCCAGUCCAGAGAUGUGUUCAGUAACCUUGCUCUUGAAGAUUGGGUGUAUCGUAACAUGGACCUUACCAAGCAUCACAUUCUGAUGCUUUGGCAGAACUCACCCACUGUAGUUGUUGGUCGGCACCAGAAUCCUUGGCUUGAGGCCAACCCUCAGGUGCUUGCUGAUAAAGGAGUUGAAGUUGCAAGACGGAACUCUGGUGGUGGCACAGUCUAUCAUGACAGUGGCAACCUGAACUUGACUUUCUUCACAUCUCGAGAUGUCUACAAUCGUCGCCGCAAUCUGGACCUUGUGACAAGAGCAUUGUUCAGAGAAUUCAACUUGCGCAGUCAAGUCAACGCCCGUGAAGAUAUUGUCAUCAAUGGAAACAAGAUAUCUGGUACUGCAUCUAAGUUGGGCAACCCAAACGCUUAUCAUCACUGUACUAUUCUCGUCAAUGUGGACAAGUCAAUUCUGCAUGAUACCCUUUGCAAACAUGAUAAAGGGAUUGAAACUAAUGCCACAGUGAGCGUCCCGUCCCCCACAGUGAACUUGCAAGAUGUGAAUCCCCAUGUGACUGUUGAAAAAAUGCUUAGCUCUUUGGGCUGGGAGUUCCUUCGCUCUUCUCCUCUGAGCUUACAAGAUGGUGGAAUGGACUAUGCAUCAAAGCAAGGAGGUUUCCAGCUUGUCAACCCUACUGAAGACUGGUUCCCAGGUCUGGACAAGAUUCGUGAAGAAUUUGUGAGCUGGGCUUGGCGGUUUGGCAAGACUCCAAAGUUCACCGUGACGCGAUCCUUUCCUGUGCCUGGUGUUCUGGCUCGCCAGUCUGAGGCACCUUCAAAUGGAGCUGCAGAAGAAGUGGCCAUCUCAUUGGAAGUGGUUAAAGGUGUUAUUGAAGAUGUUACCCUCAGGAUACCUCCUAGCAUGAUGACUGCAAAAGGUUUCACAGGUGACGCGGAAGUGUUGACCUCACUACGUGGAAAAAGAUUCUGUGAAUCUGCUAUGGAAAUCCUGGGAGAGUCCCUUGGUGAAUCUGAUGCUCAUCAUGCUAGUGACCAGGACCACUGUUCCGAAUCUGAAGGCGAGAGAUUUGUCGCAGAUUGUAUGCGCCAGACCAUGAUGGCUGUUUGACGGGGUGCACCCCGGCCUCUCGUGGAGAAAGAAGAUACAUAAUAUAACUCAAGGUGAGGAAGCCGGGGUCGAAUUCGCAGUUUAGAAUAGUAAGGUGUUCUUGUUAACUAUAUUCUCUCAAGUCCUUACUUGUUGCAAAGGUACAUAUGCGUGAUUGAGUGAGUGAGCUUGUGAAGAAUGUAAUUUGUGUUUCAGUUAUUCACACAAAUUUUCUGAGUGAUGGAUGAUGGGUGUAGUAGGGGUGGGAUUGCCAGUCAAUGCAGACCAAAUUAUCGUGGUAACUCUCCAGUUGUGAUAUAGUUGUUGUUUUGUUAAUUUUUUUUGUUAUGAAUUCUGCUUCUACUGCACUCAGUUCACAUCAUUUUACCUCAUUUACUGUUUGAGUUUUUUUGUGUGUAAUGUAUGUAUGUAUGUAUUAUUUAUUAAAAAUUGUACUGAUUAUAUUUUUUUGACUAUUGUGGAUUUGAAAAGUAUUGUCUGAAAUGAUACUCAUGGGGCUUAUUAGCUGUUCACUGCCUUAAGCUUUUUGAGGAGAGAGUAUGAUUGUGUAGGAUACAUUCAUUGUUAAAAUUGUAAAAGAAAAUUACAAUAAUACUUUACUAAUAUUUUUA